AAUGCUUUAGCAAAUCUUGUUCCUUUUCCCGUUGUUGUAAAACCAUCGGUGUUUAUUGUAAACCUUGUUUAAAAGGGUUUAAUUCAACCAAUAUGCAGAUAUUUUUGAAAACAAAUGAGUUGCACUGCGUGCAGGUCGAUAGUGGAGACCUCGUGUCUAACCUAAAGGCCCAAAUCAACGCGAUUGAAGGUAUCGCAACCGAAGACCAAGUAUUAAGCUACAAUGGAAUUACGUUGGACGACGAUUUGAGCUUGGAAGCUGCUGGUUUAAACGACCUUUCCACUGUUCAAGUUUUGGGACGCGUACUUGGAGGUAAAGUGCACGGUUCUUUGGCACGUGCUGGUAAAGUGAAGGGUCAAACACCAAAAGUUGAGGCCCAAGAAAAGAAGAAAAAGAAGACUGGCCGAGCCAAACGUCGCAUGCAAUACAACAGGAGAUUCGUGAAUGUUGUUGCCACCUUUGGUCGUCGACGUGGACCAAACGCCAACUCCUAAACUGUUUGUCCAAUUUCUGCUAUCUCGUGUAUGUUGAAUCAUAUGUAAAGUAGCAGAUAAUAAAUAAAAAAACGAAACCACCUAA